CUGUUCACGGGAUUGGUCCAGGGGAAGGCGCGCGUGGAGUCGUUUGAAAAUUUGAACGAUGAGUUCGCGCGGUUGACGCUGCGGUUCCCGGGGAACGCGCUCGAGGGGAUCUCGCUCGGGGCGUCGGUGGCGGUGAACGGGACGUGCCUGACGGUGACGGCGGUCGACGGGGACGCGGCGAGCUUUGAUUUGAUCGUCGAGACGCUCAGGGCGACGAAUUUGGGGAAGUUGAUCGUGGGGUCGGAGGUGAAUUACGAGCGGAGCGCGCGCGUGGGAGACGAGAUCGGGGGUCACACGGUGAGCGGACACGUGCACUGCACGGCGGAAAUCGUGGAGGUGGUCGAUAGCGAACACAAUCGAAAGGUGGUGUUCGAGACGAGCGAUCGGGCGCUGAUAAAGUACGUGUUGCCCAAGGGAUUCAUCGCCAUCGAUGGGUGCAGUCUGACCGUGGGGGACGUGGACAAGGCGACGGGGCGAUUCAACGUUUGGCUCAUCCCGGAGACGCUGCGCGUCACGGUGUUCGGCGCGAAGUCCAUCGGCGACACCGUCAACGUGGAGAUUGAG